AUGGUGAAUGUGUUAAACCAAACCUUCCUGAACUAUGACAAUGUCAAUAAUGUUUACACAUGGGCUUUUAGAAGAACUGGUUAUAUGGCUUACAGAAUUUCAGAAAUAUUUGCUGCAGAGUUUGGGGAAAGCAAACGAAAUAACCAAUUCAGAGUUGUUUUAGCAGGUCAAGGAGCAAAUUCAUACAUUGUUAUGCAAGGUAUUACUCUAAUCAACAAGUUUUUUGGUCCUCCAUCCAAGUACUUAUAUGCCAUUGCUUCAGCUCCAUACUAUAUUCUUGAUAAUAACUAUUCAGGAGUCAUGAAUACCAGUGAUGUGCUCGAUGAAUUGGCCUAUCAAGCAAGAAUAAGUCCACAAUCCUACGGUUAUGCCACUUACGUUUGUUUAUCUAAAUUCUGGGGAUUGAAACAUUUUGCCUAUGAAGGAGGGCCAGAUACAUAUGGAUCGUACAAUGUUGACUCAAAGAGAGCAGCUCAUUUAGAUCCAAGAAUGAAACAAAUCACAAUUGACUUCCUAACUACUUGGUUUAGUUACGGAUUUGAUGCAUUUUUAUACUAUACAACAGGGUAUGGGACAUACAGUAGCAGUACUGGAGCUUGGGCAUGGGCAGAGACUAUGAAUGAUUCCAUUCAUCCUAAGAAGGAUGGUGUCAUUCACAUGAUUAAUAAUCCAAAUGUUCCAUACAAUACAAGUGUUUUUAGAUACUUGGAAGGAAGUGCUUCACAAACAACACAACUUAGUAUUCCUGCCAUUAAACAUCAAUUAGCAGGUACUACCUACACAACCACUUUUAUUCCUUAUUCAUCUGUAGGAAUUAAUCAAACUCUUUACUAUCCCUUUGUUGCUGGUAAACGAGGAAUCUAUUCAGUUAGUGUUGAAACUCAAUAUGCAAAACAGGGAGGAAGUAUUGGAAUUUAUUGGAAUAAUGAUAAAAUGGGCUCUGUAUUAUGCAAUUCGAAAGUAUUUAACUUUUCACUUCCACUCAAUACCAGUUCGGUUAUUGAGAAGGGUAUUUCUGUAGUAACAUUAUAUAUAGAAUCUGACAAAUCUUAUAGUAUCAAUACUGUUAAUAUUACACUGGUUACAGAGGUUCAAGACUCAACCCCAACAACGCCAACAACCCCAACAGUGUCUUCCUCACAACUUGGUCAAACCUCAACUGUUUCGAAUAGAACUGUGGUUUCAGAAGGAUCAAAUAAUGGUCAUAAUUUCCUUAUUAACUUUCAAAUUAUAAUUGUAAUAUUAUGA